AGGUGCGAUUUCUUCAAUUCAAAGCUGAGGGCCUGUGAGAGUUAAGUAGACGCCCGUAUGACCUGCUGACAAGACUAGUUGACUUGUGGCACAGAAUGCCAGGGCAAAAUCUUGAAAAGCCGUGUGCAAGGUUGCCUUAUAGUUGCCUUCUUCUCCUCUUCCUGCUAUUCCGGUCGGGUCCUUGUACUCACAUUGGCGAGUCUACCCAAGCAGAUGGCGCCAAUAAAAGGGCUCGGUUGGAGGGGUUCCUAUUGUUUUGCCCCCAUCUGGCGGCAAUGCUGCAGAAUCGUAAAUCACCGCUCACCGGACGUCGACCCUUGCUACCCGACAUCCACCAUCGACAGCACUGUGGACAAGCAGCGAGACUGAGCAAAUGCUCACCGGUCGAGUUGGUAACGGCACUAGGAAACGGCUCAAAACGACUCAGGGUCAUGCGCACACCAUUCAGGUUCAAUGAUCGAAUCGAACGACGCGCCACCCUCGACCACACACGCAAAGGCAUACCCUGUACUUCGACAUUUUCCUCCACUCCCGUGUCCCUGAAAGCUCCUACAGAGUUGCGAGGUGGUCAGAUAAGGCAGACUUGCACCGCAACCCCGCACCGAGACAUGCCGCUCCACGGAUCGUUGCGUAUAGUCAUUAUAUCAGGUACCUGUCGAUUGGAGGACUGAUGAUCAUAGCGCACCUGAUAAGCCUUUUACCAUCCGUUGCGACCGAGAAUUCUACAUCAUGGCCCAAGCUACUGGGCGGCAAGCAAAGUAUAGGCCGUGUAUAGCGAGCUGUCCCGAUCGGAAUCUCUCGUCAGCCACGUGAACCAGUUACGCCAAUCCGGCGUGACAUAU